AUGUCUCUCUUGCUGUCCGACGGCCGUUACAAGUUCAAGUCGCGGAAGCGGCUCCGCCGCUUUCUCGACCUUGAGUCACCUUACGACACAUGUCUAGAAUGCGGGGGGUCAAUCAAGACGGACGUCGCGGCCCUACUCAGCCAGCUCCUCGGAUCAACUGUACCUUCUCCUUCUGCGGCAGACUUGUUAAGCGAUCUAAGCCACGUCGUCAUCUGCAAAAGAGAGCAAUGUCGGAAACGAGCACCUCGGUUGUACAAGACAUGGUGUGAUAAGAUGUGGAAGCAUUACCUACAGGAGCAUGGGCUGAGCUUAAACGACUGUGGAAGCAGACCGGCUGGGUUUACGAGGAAAACAUGGGACAAAGCACUCGAGAAGACUGAUGAGGCCGCGGACUCGGCAUACGAAUCGACCAAAGAUGGCUCGUCUUCUGACUCGGAUUAUGAGACGGACUCUGAUUCGGGCGAUGAGACGGAAGCCAGCUCCGAUGAAAAAGACAGUACGGACAGUGAUAAGGACACGGAUACCGAAGUGGUUGGAAUGGGGCGGCUUUCCAUCACGCGAGAACCAACGAGAAAAACAAAGCCGUCAUUUACCAAGGUCACCCAAGUCUCGGCCGCCGAACAACGCAAACAACUUCUCAAUACCAUAGUUCGGACCAUAUCCCAAAACUACCGCCGCAAAGGCUACAUCUACGGGUACCGGCAACCUGGCCUCGAUGGUUACAUCAAAAUCGGAUACGUCUUUGAUACACGCAAGUCUCAGGUGGAUCCCGUCCAAUACCGACUGGCUACGUGGAAAACAAACUGCAAGCACGACAUCGCUCUAGUUUUCACUCAGAAGAUCGAGUGUUAUGCGACCCAGAGGAUUGAGAGCCUUAUCCACAAGACGCUACAAAAGUAUCGCCACGAGCAACAUCCGCCAUGCGAGUCGUGCUAG